UAUGAAACAUAUUGUACAGAGAUCGAAUGCCCUGCAUUGAAGGCUCCAGAGAACGGAUCUGUGGAUGAUGGAGACAAUCUGCCAGGAACCAUAGCAAAAUACACCUGUGACUACUACGGAUUCAGAUUGGUGGGAUCCAACAAGAGACUCUGUCAGAAGUACGGCAGCUGGGCUGGGGAGGCACCUAUCUGCGAACGUAAGACUACAAUUGCUUAAUAACUCAAUAUGUUUAAAACAUAUCGUACAGAGAUCGAAUGCCCUGCAUUGAAGGCUCCAGAGAACGGAUCUGUGGAUGAUGGAGACAAUCUGCCAGGAACCAUAGCAAAGUAUACCUGUGACUAUGGAUUCAAGUUGGUGGGAUCCAGCAAGAGACUCUGUCAGAAUUAUGGCAGCUGGGCUGGAGAGGCACCUAUCUGCGAACAGAUCGAAUGCCCUGCAUUGAAGGCUCCAGAGAACGGAUCUGUGGAUGAUGGAGACAAUCUGCCAGGAACCAUAGCAAAGUACACUUGUGACUAUGGAUUCAAGUUGGUAGGAUCCAGCAAGAGACUCUGUCAGAAUUAUGGCAGCUGGGCUGGGGAGGCACCUAUCUGCGAACGUAAGACUACAAUUGCUUAAUAACUGGAUGUGUUAUAAAACAUAUCAUACAGAGA